CGACACCGUACCCUACGGGUUCUCGCCGCCGUCAUCAAACCAUCGAGGUGAAUUCAAGAAGAUGGACUACGUACAGAAACAAAAUGAUCCCCAGCUUCAAAGUUUUGCGCCAAAUGAAGAAGCUGGCGAUCAACAAUACACAUUUGAGAGGAAAAAGCUUACAGGAUUUCCUUCUUCAGGCUCUUCUCCUUUGCAGAGACAUGGGAUUACAUCCUCAUGGUCUUGGGAUCAAUCGGUGCAUGUGUGCAUGGAACCUCACUGCCGGUGUUCUUCAUCUUCUUCGGGAAACUUAUAAAUGAAUUCGCCAUUGCUUAUCUCUCUCCUGCUACAGUUACGCAUAGAGUUGGCAAGUUUGCACUAUACUUUGUUUACUUGGGAGUUGUUACACUGUUUUCAUCAUGGUCAGAGGUUGCUUGCUGGAUGCAUACUGGUGAGAGGCAAUCCAGAAAGUUACGACUAGCAUAUCUACAAUCUGUGCUGGAUCAAGAUAUAGGAGUAUUUGAUUCUAAAAUAUUGACAGGGGAAUUGACCACUGCCAUUAAUGGUGAUAUAUUUUUGAUACAGGAUGCAAUUUCAGAAAAGAUUGGAAACUUCAUGCAUUAUAUGAGCCGUUUUAUUGUAGGUUUUGCAAUUGGGUUCAGUUGCAUAUGGCAAAUUACUGUUGUGACUCUUUCUGUAGUUCCCUUGAUUGCCAUUACUGGAGGCAUAUAUGCAUAUAUAGCAUCUGGGUUUGUGGCUGAAGUGGGAAAAUCCUAUGCAAAGGCUGGGGAAAUUGCCAAGGAGGUGAUUGGAAAUGUUCGGACGGUACAGGCAUUUGUCGGAGAAGAAAAGGCCGUGAAAUCAUAUGGCAUAGCUCUUUUAAAAUCUUAUGAAUAUGGAAAGAAGGGCGGUUUAGUUAAAGGUCUUGGGCUUGGAUCCAUGUAUUGUGUUCUUUUUUCCUCCUGGGUAUUGCUUGUUUGGUUCACUAGUAUCAUUGUACACAAGAAAAUAGCAAAUGGGGCAGAAUCAUUCACCACCAUGCUCAAUGUUGUUACGGCUGGCAUGUCACUAGGACAAGCCGCACCAAAUAUUUCAACGUUUAUCCGGGCAAGGACCGUUGCAUUUCCCAUCUUUCAGAUGAUUGAGAGGAGCACCAUUAAGAAGGCAUGUGCAGAAACUGGGAAGGCGCUACCUUGUGUGAAAGGGCAUAUUCAGUUCUGCAAUGUACACUUUAGUUAUCCAACACGCCCUGAAGUCCUUAUUCUUAAAGGGCUAAAUUUGGAUGUACCAUCAGGAAAGGUUGUAGCACUUGUUGGAAAAAGUGGUUCGGGUAAGAGCACGGUGAUCUCACUCAUGGAACGGUUCUAUCAGCCACAUUUUGGAGUUAUAUUGUUGGAUGGGCAUGACAUCAAUAGCCUUGAUCUCAAAUGGCUAAGAGUGCAAAUCGGGCUAGUCAGUCAAGAACCAACCCUUUUUGCAGCAAGCAUUCUAGAGAAUAUCCUUUAUGGAAAACUUGAUGCUACUCGGGAAGAGAUAGAUAAUGCUACUAAACUAUCAGCCUCCAUCUCAUUCAUCGAAAAUCUUCCUAAUGGUUACGACACACAGGUUGGUGAGCAUGGAAUCCAACUAUCAGGAGGGCAGAAGCAACGUAUUGCAAUUUCAAGAGCAAUUCUGAAGAACCCUGCAAUACUUCUCCUUGAUGAGGCCACAAGUGCGCUUGAUCUUGAAUCGGAAAAGAGCAUUCAAGAGGCGCUUGAUAAAACUAUGGUUGGCCGGACGACAUUGGUGGUGGCGCACAGGCUAUCAACAGUUAGAAAUGCAGACACUAUUGCUGUUGUCCAUGAUGGGAAGAUAUUGGAGUAUGGGACGCAUGAGCAACUUAUACAUGAUCCUAGUAGUGCUUAUGCUUUGCUUGUUCGGCAGCAAGAGGCUUUUGUGCUUCAGCAACCAGUGAGCAAUCCAACAGUUGAACCUAUAGAAGAUCUUACUAGACUGACAAGCUUUGGAUCCAGCUUCUGCUCUGAUAAAGAUCCUAUUUGCCAUUAUGCUUCAGAAGCAAAUGAGAUUGCAAAACCAUUACCUGUAUCUUUGAGCAGAUUAUACUCUAUGGUUGGUCCGGAUUGGGUUACAAUGGUGUUUGGCACUAUUAGUGCCUUUGUAGCUGGUGCCCAAACACCAUUAUUUGCUCUUGGAGUAGCACAAGCUCUUGUCUCCUACUAUAUGGAGUGGGAGAGCACCUUGAGAGAAGUAAAGAAGAUAACUAUACUUUUCAGUUCUGCUGCUAUUCUCACUUUGAUCUUUCAUACCAUACAACACCUCAACUUUAGUAUCAUAGGCGAAAGGCUCACACUUCGGGUUAGAGAAAUUAUGUUUAGAGCAAUUCUGCGUAACGAGAUAGGAUGGUUUGAUGGUCCAAGCAAUACCAGCUCAGCUCUGUUAUCCCGUUUGGAAACUGAUGCCACUCUACUGCGUACGGUUGUCGUUGAUCGUAUCUCAAUCCUUUUGCAGAACAGUGGGAUAAUUGUUUCAUCAUUCAUAAUCUCAUUCAUCUUGAAUUGGAGGAUAACUCUUGUUAUCUUGGCUACAUAUCCCUUGAUUAUCAGUGGGAACAUCAGUGAGCAAAUGUUCAUGAGAGGGUUUGGAGGUAAUUUGAGCAAGGCCUACUUAAGAGCUAAUACAUUUGUUAUUGAGGCCGUUAGCAACAUCAGAACAGUUGCUGCUUUUUGCUCAGAAGAUAAAGUUGUCAGACUCUACGUCAGGGAGCUUGAGGCACCAUCUAGAAGCUCUUUUCUGCGUGGACAUAUCAUGGGCAUCUUUUGUGGCAUCUCCCAGUUCUGCCUCUACUCCUCUUAUGGCCUUGCCUUGUGGUACGGAUCAAUAUUAAUGCGCGAAGGGCUUGUGAGCUUUGAAUCCAUCAUCAAAUCCUUUAUGGUCAUGAUAGUGACAGCAUUUUCAGUUGGGGAUGCCCUUGCGCUGGCUCCUGACAUCAUGAAGGGGAGCCAGAUGGCCGCAUCUGUGUUUGAGGUGAUAGAUAGGAAAACCGAGAUGGCAUGUAACAUUGGAGAGGAUGUGGGAACCGUUAGAGGAAAAAUUGAGUUAAGAGGAGUUACAUUUUGUUAUCCCUCAAGGCCUGAUACCGCGGUCUUUAAUAAUUUUGAUUUAAGGGUAGACCCUGGAAUGAGCUUGGCAGUGGUCGGAACAAGUGGAUCGGGCAAGAGCUCAGUGCUUGCUCUUAUACUAAGGUUCUAUGAUCCUAGCUCUGGGGAGGUGUUGAUUGAUGGCAAAGAUAUCAAGGGGCUUAAACUCUCCUCCAUCAGGAAACACAUUGGCCUGGUUCAGCAAGAACCAGCUCUUUUUGCCACCACAAUCUAUGAGAACAUCCUUUAUGGAAAAGAGGACGCCACGGAAUCAGAGGUCAUUGAGGCAGCUAAGCUUGCAAAUGCCCACUCCUUUAUCAGUGCCCUCCCAGAGGGAUACUCGACAAAGGUCGGUGAGCGUGGGGUCCAGCUUUCAGGGGGACAGAAACAGAGGGUUGCCAUUGCUCGGGCCAUCAUCAAGAGUCCGGCGAUAUUGCUUCUUGAUGAGGCCACUAGCGCACUUGACACUGAGUCGGAGUGCGUGGUUCAAGAGGCACUUGAUAAAAUCAUGAAGCAGAGGACGACGGUUACAGUUGCACAUAGGCUUUCCACUAUCAGGGAUGCAGAUAUUAUUUCGGUAUUGCAGGAGGGUAGGAUAAUAGAGCAUGGCACUCAUUCAGCUCUGAUGGAGAAUGUGGGCAGUGCAUAUCAUAAAUUGAUUGGCUUGCAACAACAGUAACGAGUAAAAGUAGAUAGGCUCGGGUGAGUAGCAUUGAAAACAUACCAUCUUUCUGCGCCAUGUGCACGCACGUGUGGUGUUGAUGUGGCCACUGUUGCUGAAAAAAUCACUAUUGGCCGGCAUUCAAGCGAUCAUCAUGAAAUCAGGAGGCCAGCCUGAAUGGUGCGGAGAAGCUUUCAUGGUUGCACAAAGCAGAAGCUCGUGCCCUAUUACUACAAUUCAAAUGGAUUACCACAUGAACAGAAGUAUUUUUCCUUUGUGGAAUUUUUUAGAGGCAGCUUGGCUCAGAUUUUGAAGCUAGCUAUUGGUGAAAAUCAAACAAAUCUGACCUGAAAAUAGUCUUCAUGUUCAGUUCCGGGAACAGAGUUCAUUCUAUGUACUGGAUCUUGAAGUUGCAAAAUUGACAAGCUCCUUUGUGAUUAGUGCCGGAUGACCUGAUCAAUGGCAGGGUUUAAUUAAGGUGGUCAGCGAUUGCUAACCAAUUACCAGGAAGAACCGAUAAUGAGAUCAAGAACUACUGGAACACGCACAUCAGGAAGAAGCUCCUCAUGAUGGGGAUCGAUCCAGUGAC